GGGCUGGAAGCUCGGGGAUCCCCGGGACCAGGAGCUGCAAGAGACGUCGGUUGCUGUCGCAGUUGGCCCGCAGCACAGAGUAAAUAUGGCAGAGCUUUCUGAGCCAGAAGGACCAGUAGAUUGGAAAGAAAGAUGUGUAGCUCUGGAGUCCCAGCUCAUGAAAUUUAGAGUUCAAGCAAGCAAGAUACGAGAGCUCUUAGCAGAGAAGAUGCAACAGCUUGAGAGACAAGUUAUUGAUGCUGAACGUCAAGCAGAAAAAGCUUUUCAACAGGUACAAGUUAUGGAAGAAAAAUUAAAAGCAGCCAAUAUUCAAACCAGUGAAUCAGAGACAAGGUUAUAUAAAAAGUGUCAAGAUCUGGAAUCUCUAAUACAAGAAAAAGAUGACAUCAUUCAAAACUUGGAGCUGCAGCUUGAAGAACAGAAACAAAUAAGAAUACAAGAAGCUAAAAUAAUAGAAGAGAAAGCAGCUAAGAUCAAAGAAUGGGUAACAGUUAAGUUAAACGAGCUGGAAUUGGAGAAUCAGAAUCUUCGUUUGAUCAACCAAAACCACAUUGAAGAGAUAAGAACAAUACAGUCAAAACUACAAGAAGUUCAAGGAAAGAAGACAUCCAUUGUCUCUACACUAAAGCUUUCAGAGGGCCAGCGCCUGAGCAGUUUAACCUUUGGAUGCUUUUUAUCUCGAGCAAGGAGUCCUCCUCAGGUUGUGAAAGCUGAGGACAUGAGCAAGAUUUCAUCUAAAGAAGCUGAGUUCACUGAAGGAAAAGACAUAGAAGAAAUGGAAAUUACAGAAAAGUCUGUUGAUAACCAAGUUCUAGAAAACAACAGAGGCCAGAGAACAUUGCAUCAAACUUCUUGUGGCCCAGAACAGAAUCGGAAAACAAGAACAAGCUUUGGAACAGAUGGCGGCAUAUCCCAGAAUUCUGGGGCUCCAGUGAGUGACUGGAGUUCUGAUGAGGAAGAUGGGAGCAAAGGAAGACCCAAGUCCAGAUGCACAUCUACCCUUUCCAGCCACACAUCAGAGGAAGGAGUCCAGUGCAGCAGGAUGGGGAGCGAGACGUAUCUCACCGCAUCUGACGACAGCAGUUCCAUAUUCGAAGAAGAGACAUUUGGCAUAAAGAGACCAGAACACAAGAAGCUAUAUUCUUGGCAACAAGAGGCACAAUGGAAAGCUCAGAAUAGUUCUCUUGGAAAGGGAAAUUCUGAAUCAAGUAAAAAGGAGCAAGAUAGUUUCUCAGAUGAACUGAAUAAAAAAUUUCAGUCUCAGAGAUUGGAUUAUUCAUCUUCGUCGAGUGAGGCCAACACCCCCAGCCCUAUUUUGACCCCAGCUUUAGCUCCAAAACAUCCUAACUCACUCCCUGGAAGAGGAACACAAUUAGUGCCUUCAUCAAACUUGCCACCCCCAAAGUUAAGGAUUCCUAAUGUUUUCAGUAUAAGCGGAGCGCUGGCCAAAAGGCACCUCAGCCAGCCACAGUUAAGUUCCGACAGGAUGUUUGGUACAAACAGAAACGCGAUAAGCAUGAUACGACCACUGAGACCUCAGGAAACCGAUCUGGAUCUAGUGGAUGGUGACAGUACAGAAAUUUUAGAGAACAUGGACACGAGUUGUGAUGAUGGAUUAUUUUCCUAUGACUCUCUGGAAUCUCCAUAUUCAGAUGACCAGGAAAUCUGUGAGUCGGCAAAGAAGGCGGCGCGUAGCAAACCUCCAACUCCUCCCCUGCACCGUUUUCCUUCUUGGGAAAGCAGAAUUUAUGCUGUAGCCAAGUCAGGCAUUCGAAUGUCUGAGGCCUUCAACGUGGAGAAUGUUAAUAAAAAUUCUAUUGCAAUGCUUUCCUAUACUACGUCAGGACUUUAUACAUCUCUGAUAUACAAGAAUAUGACAACCCCAGUGUAUACAACCUUGAAGGGGAAGGCAACCCAAAUAAGUAACAGCCCCUUUCUGGACGAGUCCUCUGGAUCGGAGGAAGAGGAUAGCUCCAGAUCCAGCUCCCGGACAUCAGAGUCAGAAACGCACAGCAGGAGUGGGCCAGGCAGCCCCAGAGCCCUGAAACGAGGUGUGUCUCUCUCCUCUGUGGCUUCUGAAAGUGAUUAUGCUAUUCCUCCUGAUGCUUACUCCACAGACUCGGAGUUCUCACAGCCAGAGCAGAAACUCCCUAAAACUUUUUCAUCUUCUAGUGAUAACGGGAAAAAUGAACUACUGGAAAAAUCUGGCUAUUUAUUAAAAAUGAGUGGUAAAGUCAAGACGUGGAAGCGGAGGUGGUUUGUUCUUAAAGGCGGUGAAUUGCUUUACUACAAAUCUCCAAGUGAUGUAAUUAGAAAACCCCAGGGCCACAUUGAACUCAGUACAUCCUGCAGUAUUUUAAGAGGAGAUAACAAACAAACGGUUCAGUUGACCACUGAAAAACACACAUACUAUCUGACUGCAGAUUCUCCCAAUAUAUUGGAAGAAUGGAUUAAAGUAUUGCAGAAUGUUCUUCGAGUACAAGCUGCCAACCCACUUUUUCUGCAGCCUGAGGGUAAACCAACCAUGAAGGGAUUGCUCACUAAGGUAAAGCAUGGCUAUUCCAAGAGAGUCUGGUGUACACUUAUAGGAAAGACAUUAUAUUAUUUUCGUAGUCAAGAAGAUAAGUUUCCUUUAGGUCAGAUCAAACUCUGGGAGGCUAAAGUUGAAGAGGUUGACAGAUCCUGUGAUUCAGAUGAAGAUUAUGAAGCCAGUGGACAUCGUAGUCUGUUAUCCACACAUUACACAAUUGUUAUUCACCCCAAAGACCAAGGUCCGACCUACCUUCUAAUUGGAUCUAAGCAUGAAAAGGACACUUGGCUUUAUCAUCUGACUGUUGCCGCUGGAAGUAACAAUGUCAGUGUUGGAUCUGAAUUUGAACAACUUGUUUGCAAAUUGCUAAAUAUAGAAGGGGAACCUUCCUCUCAGAUAUGGAGACACCCUACUUUGUGUCACAGCAAAGAAGGAAUCAUUUCCCCCCUGACAACACUGCCUUCUGAAGCUCUACAGACGGAAGCUAUUAAACUAUUUAAGACCUGCCAGCUUUUUAUAAAUGCUGCAGUUGACUCACCUGCAAUUGAUUACCACAUAUCUCUAGCCCAGAGUGCUUUGCAAAUCUGUCUGACACAUCCUGAGCUACAGAAUGAAAUUUGCUGUCAGCUUAUUAAACAGACGAGGCGAAGACAGCCACAAAAUCAACCAGGACCAUUGCAGGGCUGGCAGCUCUUGGCUCUCUGUGUCGGGCUCUUCCUUCCCCAUCAUCCUUUCCUGUGGCUUCUCAGGCUGCACCUAAAGAUGAAUGCAGAUUCCAGGACAGAGUUUGGAAAAUAUGCCAUUUACUGCCAGCGAUGUGUAGAAAGAACACAACAGAAUGGAGACCGAGAAGCAAGACCCUCAAGAAUGGAAAUUCUUUCAACACUUCUUCGGAAUCCUUAUCAUCAUUCAUUGCCCUUUAGUAUACCGGUGCAUUUCAUGAAUGGGAUAUAUCAGGUAGUAGGGUUUGAUGCAUCCACCACAGUGGAAGAAUUUUUGAAUACGUUGAACCAGGAUACAGGAAUGAGGAAGCCAGCCCAGUCUGGAUUUGCGUUGUUCACUGAUGAUCCUUCUGGCAGAGAUUUAGAGCAUUGUCUUCAAGGAAACAUCAAGAUUUGUGACAUUAUUUCUAAAUGGGAACAGGCUUCCAAAGAACAACAGCCUGGUAAAUGUGAAGGUACAAGAACUGUUCGUCUGACUUAUAAAAACAGACUGUAUUUCUCAAUGCAAGCUCGUGGAGAGACUGAUAGAGAAAAGCUGCUGUUAAUGUAUCAGACAAAUGAUCAAAUAGUAAAUGGACUUUUUCCUCUGAACAAGGAUCUGGCAUUAGAAAUGGCAGCUCUUUUAGCUCAGGUAGAGAUUGGAGAUUUUGAAAGACCUUUCUCAACUCCAGCAGGACAUGUUACCAAUCAGUGCAAAGCAAAUCAAACUCUAAAACAAGUCAUAGAGAAAUUUUAUCCUAAAAGGUAUAGAGAUGGCUGUUCUGAGGAACAGUUAAGGCAACUUUGCCAGCGGCUGUCAACCAGAUGGAUGACCCUCCGAGGACACAGUGCUGCUGAUUGUGUACGAAUUUAUUUGACAGUAGCCAGGAAGUGGCCAUUCUUUGGUGCCAAGUUGUUUCUUGCAAAACCCAUAACUCCAUCACCAUUUGGAAGUACUUUCACGUGGCUGGCUAUACAUGAGGAUGGUUUAAGCGUCUUAGAAUACAACUCCAUGAGGUUAAUAGUCAGCUAUGUGUACAAGAGUCUAAUGACCUUUGGAGGUUACCAAGAUGAUUUUAUGAUAGUCAUUAACAAUACACAUUCAAAGGACAAACCAACAGAAAAAUUACUUUUUGCCAUGGCAAAACCCAAGAUUCUUGAGAUCACUCUUUUGAUCGCCAGUUACAUAAACAACUUCCAUCAGCAAAAGGCAGCAUUUCACCACCUGUCUGCUCCAGCACUGCUCUCAGCCCAGCCUCAGGGAGCCCAAACCAGGGCAAUGGGAAGCCAGCGCCUUCUGUCAAACAGCAGACCGACCAAAGGCCCUACCCUGCUCUGAAAGCCUGAACAUUCCCUCCUCUGCUCAAGAGCUGCAUCAGCUCCCAGCAAGUUCGUUUACACCUAUGGGCAUGGCAUCCAUACACCAGUGUUCCAAAUGCUGACAGUGAUGGGAGUUACUCUAUUUUAUCUAAUUCUUAAAUCUUCAAAUGAAUAUUAACAACAAAGCAUAAACACAAAAUUUGCCAACACGCUAAUUUUCUCUUAGAAUAAAUGGGUUAGGAUUCAUCAGUUUUUCUAGCACCUUCCCCACUUGUCAUCAGACACAUCAUUCAAUAUGGCUUUUUCUGUUUCUUUUCUUUUUUCUUUUUAAUAUUCUGGUGAUCUCGGGCGGCACCUGUGGUCAAGUGGAUAGGGCGCUGGCCCCAUAUGCUGGAGGUGGCAGGUUCAAACCCAGCCCCGGCCAAAAAAAAAAGAAAAAAUUCUGGUGAUCUUUAGAAAGGGAGAUUCCAAAUUGUCAUUUGGUAAAACAGUUGAUUAUUUGGAAAUGCUCACUGCCAAAAAAGUAAGUACUGUAAUUAAAUGUGCUUUUAAUCAAUGAUAAUGGUGUUUAGAGAGGAGUUGAGUACACAGUGUAAGAAACAGCUGCAGAGUUGUGCGAAGGGUUAAUUUUUAGAGCAAGUGCAAUAAAUCUUCUGGUUUUAUGAAUCAUUCAGUGAGAAAGCAGGAAUUGGGUAACCUAAACCUCCUACAUGGUAUUAGAAGGUAUACUGUCACCUUUUCAGAUCAUUGGACUGUGCAAUUUAAAAUUAGACAGUGGGGCGGCGCCUGUGGCUCAAGGAGUAGGGUGCCGGUCCCAUAUGCCAGAGGUGGCGGGUUCAAACCCAGCCCCGGCCAAAAACCACAAAAAAAAAAAUAAUAAUAAAAUAAAAUGAGACAGUGAUUCUUGACAUUCUUUGGCUGUCAACAUAGCUCAAGUUCACUGGAAUAUUGCCCACGUUUCACUGCAUUUGGUGCUGGGUCAUUUUGACCUUGCUCUGUUAAAUAAUAUUAACUUCGAAAAGCAAAGACAAUCCUUAAAGAUUUGCCUAUCAUACAGUCCUUUCUAAAUAUAGUUGGAAAAUGAAUUUCCAAAAAUAUUUUUUAAAAGAAAAGAGAAUUCUUCUGUCAAAGGAGGUAAAAUUUUAGUUGAUAGUCUUGAAAUAUAUUACUUUACUAGGUUAUGUAAGUGGUCAGUGCAUUCCAGUAUGUGUCAAAACAAUGUAAUUAGUAUUCUUGGCAAAAAUGAAACUGCGAUAAGACAUGAAAAUUAUAUUAUAAAAUGUUCAAUUGUAAUAGUAAUCACGAGCAUACUUAAUUUUAUUUAUAUAUAGAAUAUUUGUAUUUAUUUUUUGACCUCUUUAUCACUUUGUCAUAUUUUUUUAACCAAUUUGAGAAGAAUCUCAGCUGCUGAAUUAAUUUGUUGGCAGAGCCUCAUAUCUUCUUCUUUGCUGCCUUCUCCCUAUGGCAAUGUACUGUUUUCACAUUAAGCCUUUUAAUGUUUCAUCCCGUAUUAGCAUCCACAGAAGGGGCAGAUCCAAGUAAUACAUUGCCCAAGUAAUAUUGUGCCUUACUGAUAAUGACAAAAAGAAGAUUUAAAACCCUAAUGGAACGAGAUUUCUAUUGAUUAUUUCCUCUAUAUCUUCUGAGCCACAACUACUCAGUGAGUAGUUUUCGUUUUUGAAAAUAAACUGGUUUAUAGGUUGGGAUACUUCUCAUGAGGCUUUUGGCUACAACACAGUAAAGUUUCUAAAUUCCUAGAAAGCUAUUUCAUGAUUAGUUGGUGACCCAGAGGCUUGGCAGAGAUGUUACUUAUGUGUGAGGGCUUUAUUCUCAGGCAAUAGUUUAUUCACCAUCUCGUAAGCCUCUCCCCCAGUCUUCUAAUUCAAAUAGGUAAUGAAAGUUUAGCUUAAACUGUAGUACCUUAGACUUGGCAUUUAUUUUUGAUAGAGGAGAGAUAAAAUACUUUGAUGGAAAGAAAUCAGUUUUCUGUAACUGAUGAGUGAAAUUUUUAUUUUCUGGAAAAUUAUAUAGCCAUUUAAAAAAUUCAAGGUGUGUUACUAUGAUUGGUUACAAGAGAAUAAUGGUACGCGUUUAAUUGUAAUAUUUGUCUCCUAUCAUUUUCUUCCCUUUCAAUCAUAAUAAAUGAUUUACAAAAACC